AUGCGGGAGCUCCGCAUCCAGAAGCUCGUCCUGAACAUCUCUGUCGGCGAGUCUGGUGACAGGCUGACCCGUGCUGCCAAGGUGCUGGAGCAGCUGUCCGGUCAAACCCCGGUUUACAGCAAGGCCCGGUACACCGUCCGCACGUUCGGCAUUCGCCGUAACGAAAAGAUCUCGGUGCACGUCACCGUCCGUGGCCCCAAGGCCGAGGAGAUUCUCGAGCGUGGCCUCAAGGUUAAGGAGUACGAGCUCCGCAAGCGCAACUUCAGCGAGACCGGCAACUUCGGCUUCGGCAUCAGCGAGCACAUCGAUCUCGGCAUCAAGUACGACCCCGGUAUCGGUAUCUACGGCAUGGACUUCUACUGCUGCAUGACCCGCCCUGGUGAGCGCGUCUCCCGCCGCCGCCGCUGCAAGGCCAGAAUCGGUGCCAGCCACCGCAUCAACCGCGACGACACCAUCAAGUGGUUCAAGCAGCGCUUCGACGCCAUUGUCCGCUAA